AUGCAGUGCCCGUCUGCGCUACAGCUCCUGGUCGCGGCCUUGGUGGCCCCGGCCACGGCUGCCACUUGGAAGAACGUCAACAUUGGCGGCGGUGGUGGCUUCGUUCCGGGUAUUGUGUUCCACCCGACGACCAACGGUGUCGCGUAUGCCCGGACGGAUAUCGGUGGUCUGUACAGGCUAAACGACGACGACUCGUGGACCCCCCUGACUGAUAGCAUCAACACCAACGAGAAAUGGGGCAACUGGGGCAUCGAUACCAUGGCACUUGACCCUCAGGACCCCGACAAGGUCUACGCUGCUACCGGCAUGUACACCAACGACUGGGACCCCAACCCCGGCGCCAUCAUUCGCAGUUCCGACAGGGGCGCCACGUGGACCUCCGCCGAGCUGCCCUUUAAGGUUGGCGGAAAUAUGCCCGGCCGUGGCAUGGGCGAGAGGCUGGCCGUGGACCCCGCCAAUUCUGAUAUCCUCUACUUUGGUGCUCGCAGCGGCAACGGCCUGUGGAAGAGCACGGACGGUGGUGCGACCUGGGCCAAGGUUGAGUCCUUCACGAACCCCGGCACUUACAUCGCCGACCCCAGCGACGCCAGUGGAUACAACUCAGACAUCAUCGGCCUGGCUUUUGUCACCUUCGAUUCGACGUCUGACGUUAUCGAUGGCGCCACCUCUCGCAUUUUCGUCGGAACCGCCGACAACAUUACCGCCUCAUUCUAUGUGUCCAACGAUGCUGGCGCGACUUGGGAGGCCGUGGAGGGCCAACCCAAGAAAUAUUUCCCUCACAAGUGCAGGCUCCAGCCGGAGGAGAAGGCUCUCUACCUCAGCUACAGCGACGGCGCUGGCCCGUACGAUGGCACCCAGGGAGGCGUACAUCGUUACGAUAUCGCUACCGGCACUUGGAAGGACAUCACCCCCGUUUCGGGCGCUGACCUGACCUUCGGCUUCGGCGGUCUCAGUGUCGACAUGCAGAAGCCCGGCACUCUUAUCGUCGCUACUCUGAACUCGUGGUGGCCCGAUGCCCAGAUUUACAGGUCAACCGACUCGGGCGAGACCUGGACCACUAUUUGGGAGUGGGUUGGCUACCCGGACCAGAACUGGUACUACGGGCUCUACACCGACAACGCCCCGUGGAUCAACGCUGGCUUCAUCUCCCAGGACACUAAGCGCCUAGGUUGGAUGAUUGAGGCCCUGGAGAUUAACCCCCUGGACAGCGACCACUGGCUGUACGGAACCGGUCUGACCCUGUAUGGUGGCCACGACCUGACCAAAUGGGACACCGCCACUCGCAAUGUCACCAUCUCCUCGCUGGCCGUUGGCAUCGAGGAGAUGGCCGUGCUGGGCCUUGCUUCCCCGGUCGGUGGAUCCGAGCUCCUGGCUGCCGUUGGCGAUGACUGCGGUUUCACCUUUGCGACCAGCGAGGACCUUGGCACCUCGCCUCAGACACCGUGGAUGAACCCCAUCUGGACUAGCGCCACCGAUGUUGACUAUGCCGGCAACAAGCCCGAGAACGUUGUCCGCGUCGGCAACUCCAACGGCGCCCCACAGGUCGCCGUCUCCACCGACGGUGGUGCCACCUGGAACGCUCACCCCGGAACCGAUGACACCAAGAACAGCGGAACCCUCGCCUACUCGGCCGAUGCCGACACCAUCCUCUGGUCGUCGGGAACCUCUGGCGUACUCCGGUCGCAGGAUCAGGGCACAUUCGCCGCUGUGGCAUCCGUCCCCUCUGGUGCCGCCAUCGCCGCUGACAAGCGCAACAACACUGUCUUUUACGCUGGCUCCGGUGCCGCCUUCUACCGCAGCACCGACACUGGAGUCACCUUCACGAAGGUCGCCUCCGCCCUCGGUAAGGCCACCGCCGUCAAGGACAUCGCGGCACACCCGGACGUGGCGGGCGAGGUCUGGGUCAGCACCGAUGUGGGCCUGUUCCGCAGCACCGACUUCGGCGUGACCUUAACCGCGGCCGGCGCCAGCAGCCUCAGCAAGACGGAGCAGAUCUCCAUUGGCAAGGGCGAGGGCAGCGCCUGGAACCUCUACGCCUUCGGCGUGGGCGCCAACGGCGCCAAGCUGUACGCCACCUCGGACAACGGCGCCACGUUUGUCGACGUCCAGGGCGACCAGGGCUUCGGCUCCAUGGGCGCCAACCGCGUCGUCGGCAGCGGCAACGUCGCCGGCCAGGUCUACGUCGGCACCAACGGCCGCGGCGUCUUCUACGCCCAGGUCUCUGUCCCCGGCGGCGGCGGCGGUCCCAACCCCUCCGCGAGCUCCACCUCGGCCGUGCCCUCGGCCACCGAGUCGGCCUGCCCGACCACCCUGUCGACCUCGACCGUCAAGCCCCCCGCGUCUUCUUCGGCGGUGCCAACCACCACCACUAGCAGCAGCUCGCCGCCGGUGACGUCGGCGCCCGCCCUUGCUGAGAGGUGGCAGCAGUGUGGUGGGAACUCGUGGCAGGGUCCUACGGCCUGUGUGGCGCCGUGGACGUGCCAGAAGCAGAAUGACUGGUACUCUCAGUGUCUGUGA